CGCCAAAGUUACAAGGGUCAAAAUUGUCAAGUCAACGUCAAUCUACUGCGGAGAAAAACCCAUACGAAUAGAGCGAGCGAGUCCAAAACCAAAACAAUGUAUGGAGCUUUUGUCUUCAAUUUUUAGAGGACACAAACUUUGAUUGGAAGCCAGGGAGGUCUGUAAACUCAAUGAUUCCCAUCAAUUAACCAUUCUAAUCCACAAUCUACACUCUUCUCUCAAAAGCUAAAAUGGAAGACACAAGAACUAGUAUGGCCUGAAUGAUACUGGUUUGUCAGUUUCGCUGACAUUUUUUUUCCCUUCAAGUAAAUAGGUCUCGCUCUCUAUUGUUGGGUCAAAGAAUUUAGCAGUCAACAUUUUCCAGAGUAGAAUAUAUAUGAACUUGUGGCACUGGCCGUUUCUCUCUGUCUAAUCGUUCAAAAGUUUUCAUACUCCAUUUAUUUCAAUUUUCUGCAAUCUUCAAAUGGUUUGAUUGAAUGUUUUGUUUCUUUGCUCCAACUUCCCCACUUUUUUGUUUGUUUGUUUGUUUUUUCCAAUAAUAUACAUCUAUCAGAGGAAUUGCUGAGCCGUUGUUUUUUCUAUAGGUUUAAAACACUUAAAACUUAGAGGACAUGGCAAGGUUACUAAGAUUAGUGGAGAAAAGAGCAUACAUUAAAAAGAUAGAAGAAGGAAAACGAAAGCAACAAGAGACUGACCUAGUUCCUUACCUUCAUGAUGAUUGUGUGUCAAAUAUCCUUGUACGUCUUCCUCUUGACUCUAUUCAAAGGUCAAGGUUUGUCUGUAAGGCUUGGUUUAAUAUAAUUCAUAAUGCCAAAUUCAUUGCUGCCCAUCUUCGCCGAGCUGAAUCUGUUUUGAUUUUCGUUUCCUCACCUCGAACAGAAACAACCAUGGUUCCCAUACUUCCAGAGAAGCCUAAUGUUGUUUCAGUAGAAGCAAGACUUAAUCAGUCUAACUCUGCCUUUUUUUUGGAGCAACCAUUGGUUAGUGCAUCUUCAAAGUUUUCUGUUCAGUUCAUAGAAUUUAAAGAUGGGAAGAGUCUGAUAAGAGAAUACAAUAUAAGUUGUUUAGGCAAGAUUAGAGCUUCCUGCAAUGGUCUAAUUUUGCUUGAUAAUAAAAUGAAGAAGGGAGGACUGAUACUCAUGAAUCCAGUGACUAGAAAGUUGGUGCCUCUUCCUCUUGGCACUCUUUUUCCUCAACAUAAUGAAUCUUAUGGUUUUGCCUUAAGCAGUGUUACUGGUAACUACAAAGUUGUGCACUUGUUUAUAGAUAACCUGGGAUACAUCAAUUGUGAGAUUCUGAUCAUUGGAAAGAAAUCAUGGAGAGAGGUUGAUGGUCCUUCUUUUGGACUCAUUCGUUGGUUUGGCUAUUGUCCUGUAUCUGCAAUUGGAGCUCUACAUUGGAUUCCUCAAAUCGAUCAUAAUGACUACAUAGUGUCCUUGGAAUUGGAGGAGGAAAAGUUUCGCCAGAUAACUCUACCAAAAAGUUGCAGAACUUAUGAUCGUAUUGUCGAGGUGAGUGGCCUCUUAGGUUUUGUAACUCAUGAUGAAGUUAAUCAAAUAGAUGUGUGGAUCUUGAAAGGCUUAUACGGUGAUGUGUGGAUAAAGCAACAUAGUAUAACUGUGGGUUGCAUUUUAGACAUGGUUCCCCUUUUCAGCUUAAGAAUCAAAGGCGAAAUGGUUUUCAAGAGAGAUGAAGAUGGCUCAUUUUAUGUUUAUAACUUCCAACUCAAAGAGAUGACUAAGGUUGAAAUGUUAAACGGACGUGUCCCUUUCUCUGCUUCCUGCCUAACUCAUGUGAACAGUCUUGUCUCUUGGUGUAGCACUAAUGGAGCACAAGACAUGUGAGAUUUGGUGUCAUGCUUUCUAGCGUGGUAAGAAAAUGUUAUGAUAUGUAAAUAGUCUAUAUGCACAGCUGGGAUUUCUCUCUUUCUCUAUUUUCCUUGUAUGCUUUUCUUUAUCUUGGUUUUGUGUGUAUGUACAUAUUUAAUAUAUGAAACAAAUGUAUGUCACUGCUCAGUUGGGAACUAGCGUGGUUGAUACUUAUUA